AUGGCACCAGGUCACAUGCUUCCCAUGCUCAACAUGGCCAAGCUCUUUGCAUGUCAUGACCACAGAGUUAGAGCCACCAUUCUUACCACCCCAGCCAACGUCACCACUCUUGUCAAAACUAUCACAAUUAACUCAAACUCCAAAAUAGAACUAGCUCUCAUCCCCUUCCCCUCCACCGCCGCCGGUCUCCCCCUCGGCUGUGAAAACCUCGCCACCAUCCUUUCUCAUGAUGACCUCAUACCCAACUUCAUUCAAGCUGUCUCCAUGCUCACUCAACCCUUUGAACAAAUCCUCAAAGAACUCCAACCCAAUGUAAUUAUCACAGAUGCCUUCAUUCCUUGGACCAUUGACAUCACAUCCAAGCUGAGAAUCCCCCAGAUCAUCUCCCAUGGCACCGGCUUCUUUCCUCUUUGUCUCUCUGAUAUCAUAGCAAACUACAAUCCCCAUGAGACCUUGCCAGCUGAAACUAUGUCUUUCUUGGUUCCUGGAAUCCCUCACCGGGUUGAGCUUCUCAAGACCCAAGUUCUAGACAUCAUGAAAGCUGGGAAACCAAUGCUUGAUCUCCUGCUUAAGAUUAAGGACACAGAGAGUAGAAGUUAUGGUGUAGUGGUGAAUAGUUUCUAUGAGCUGGAGCCGGACUACGUUCAACACUACCGCAGUACUGUCAUGGGGCGCCGAGCCUGGCAUGUUGGUCCUGUGUCUUUGUGCAAUGAGGAUGUCAUCAACGGUGCUAGUGCUACUGCUGAUAAAGAUCAUGAGUGUUUACGUUGGCUUGAUAAGAAGCAACCCGGGUCUGUUCUUUAUGUUUGUUUUGGGAGCAUGUGUGUCUUCACUGGUGAGCAGCUACGUGAGAUUGCUUUGGGUCUUGAGGCUUCUAAUCAUGCAUUCAUUUGGGUGGUUCCUAAGGUUGUUAAGAGGGAUGAGGAUAUGGAUUGGAUGCCAGAAGGGUUUGAAGGGAGGAUUAAUAUUGAAGGCAAAAAAGGUUUUAUUAUAAGAGGAUGGGCACCUCAAUUGUUGAUAUUGAAUCAUAAAGCUGUUGGUGGGUUCAUGACUCAUUGUGGAUGGAAUUCUACUCUUGAAGGUGUGUGUGCAGGCUUGCCAAUGAUCACUUGGCCUUUGUUUGCAGAGCAGUUUUACAAUGAAAGGUUGGUUGUAGAUGUGUUGAAGAUUGGUGUUGCUGUUGGGACGAAGGAAUAUGUGAUGAAGCAUGAGGAUAGGCCAUUGAUUCAUGGGAUAGAUAUAGAGAGAGCUGUUAACUGUGUGAUGGGUGGUGGUGAAGAAGCUGAGGCCAUGAGGAAGAGAGUAAGAGAACUGGGAGAGAUGGCAAAGAGUGCUGUUAUGGAAGAUGGGUCUUCUUAUACUGAGUUAACUCGGCUCAUCAAUGAGUUGCUUCUCCUGACUGGCAAACAUACGCAACAGUGA